UUUGAAAAAAAAAAGAAAAAAAAUUUAGUGCAGACACUGAAUAUUUAGAGCUGAGACUCCCAAUUGAUUUCCAGUUUCUUUUGUGAAACUUCAAAUGCGCUUUCUUUCAUGGCGUAAAGCCAAACACUUGGCUGUUAUUAAGCCCAAAUGUCGAAUCUGUUGUUCUUCAACAGCCACUUUUCCCGCCGUCUUUCAAGACAAAAUUCACAUUACUCGAAAAGAAUUGUCUAAAUUGCUACACCAGCGCCCACCUAAAUCUCAACUGAAGCAAAUACAUGCCCAAAUACUCACCCAGGAACUCUCAUCAACUGCUUCUUUAAUUAAUUCUCUGAUUCACUGUUAUCUGCAUAUCAAGGAAGUUACCUCAGCAAGAUUUCUGUUUCUUCACUAUCCUCUGCCUUCACCCCCGAUUCUAAUAUGGAAUCUGAUGAUCAGAGUAUACUGCAAACUCCAAAAUUCUUCAGAAAGUUUCUGUCUUUUUCGCCAACUCUUGAAUUUAGACCACCGCAUUCGGGUUUUUCCGGACGAGUACACGUUCACUUUUAUUGUUACGUCAUGUGCCCAUCAAAAAUCAAUUGUACAUGGAAAAAUUGUUCAUGGGUUGGUGGUGAGAAAUGGGCUUGAAUCAAACUUAUAUGUGGGCAAUUCGUUGAUUAAUAUGUAUUCGGUAUUCAAGAUUACAGAUGAUGCAUACAAAGUGUUUGAUAGAAUAACUGAAAGAGAUGUGUUCUCUUGGACUAGUUUGAUAUGUGGGUAUGCAAAUAAUGGUGAGAUGUAUCAAGCUUGUGAAAUCUUUUAUAAGAUGCCAGUGCGAAACGAUGUUUCUUGGUCUGUUAUUAUAUCGGGUUUUGCUGGAAACGGAAGGUAUAUGGAAGUACUUCUGUAUUUGAAUGAAAUGUUAGGCUCUGUUGAGGAUAAGGUAAGGCCUAAUGAAGCUGUUCUUGUUUGUGCUCUGUCUGCUUGUGCUAAUCUUGGGGCCUUAGAACAGGGAAAUUGGAUUCAUGCUUAUAUUAAGAGGAAUGAAAUUCGUGACAGUUCAAAUAUAUGUACUGCUCUUAUUGACAUGUAUGCAAAAUGUGGGAGAAUAGACAUAGCAAGAUUGAUUUUCAAUAGAAUUCCAAGACCUGAUGUACACAACUUCACUAGUAUGAUAUCAGCGUUAUCAUAUCAUGGGCUUGGUGAGCAAGCCUUAACCGUGUUUAACAGGAUGUUGAAUGAAAAUGUUAAUCCAAAUGAAGUAACUAUUAUAGGGGUGCUUAAUGCCUGUAGCCAUUCAGGUCUGGUGGAAGAGGGUUCUUCAAUCUUCUAUAACAUGGAGAACUUAUGGAGACUUAAACCUCAGAUUGAGCACUAUGGCUGUUAUGUUGAUUUACUUGGCCGUGCUGGAUACUUGGAAAAGGCACUUGGAGUUGUAAAGAACAUGCACAUAAAACCUGAUAUAGUCAUAUGGAGGGCUUUGCUCAGUGCCUGUAGAAUCCAUCGUAAUAUUUUCCUUGGUAACAGCAUUAUAGAUUUUAUAAAGCAGCUUAACUCUGAUGGACCCAGUGGAAGUGAGGUACUUCUCUCUAAUAUGUAUGCAUCUCUAGGCAACUGGGAGAAAGUUUCUGAAGUGAGGAAUGCAAUGGGUCAGAGAAAGACUCAAUCAGACAUUGGAUGUAGCUGGAUUGAGGUGAAUGGUGUUGUUCACGAGUUUCGUGUUGCUGAUAAGCUACACCCACAGAUUUUGGAAGUUCUGAUUAAAUUAAAUGAACUUUGGAUAGUGCUCUCCUAGAAGGCAUUAUUGCUAACAGUUAACACCACGCAUAUGUUCGAGAGAAUGAGGAAGCAGCAGCUUUUCUUGGUGAAAAGCUAGAGUUUAGUGUUUGGUUCCAUGAAUCUGUUUCUGAGACUUAAAUUGGCAUAUGAUGAAGUUACGAACUUGUUGCGACUGCCAAUCAUAAUUGAAGGCCAUUUCUGAAAUUUAUGACUGAGAGAUCCAUUUUUUAUAGGCUGCUUCUGAUUUUUAUACUUUUAGAAGAAGAAUUUUUAUGAUGACUACUCAUAGUAGUCAGUUCCGGGAAAGAGCACUCAUACCUGUAAAGAAUGUUUGUAGCAGAGUGUAAUCUUUAAGGCUGUUGUGCUUUUAGGUUUUAACUUUACAGGGCAGAUUAAAAGUCUGAGGUUCCUAUCUUGUUUAUCUCAAGUGUCAGCUUCCUUUCGUUUUUAUCUUUUAAUGAUUUGGAAUCUACUAUACCAGCCAACGGAAGGGUUUGCUUUUGAUAUGAGGUCUCAUGCAUAAGAUACAGCAGAAAGUUAACCUCUCUAGACAUGAUGGAUUUUUCAAUUGUAUGAGUUUCACGGUAUAUUAGAUUGAACGAGGGAUGGAAGGUUGUUUGGUAUUCAAGUUAUCCACAGAACUACACAACAGUGGAAGUAGAGAGGGCUGGAGCUCCUACAAAUCAAUUAUAUUGGGAAGCCUAACGAGUGACAAUGGUUCACAGUCCGACUGCUUUACCCUGAACUUAAUCUCAUAUGUCUUCUGUGUCAUUUUCUGCAUUCCUCUUCAGAUGUGCUUUCGCUUCUUUCCAGGAAUUCAUGCUAGGACCACAGGUACAUUAAUGCCGCUAUCUGAAUUUGAUUUGCCCAAGUUCCUGUGGUCAAGAACCAGUGGCAGAGCUGGCUAAAUUUCUCUCCAAAUGGUACCACUCUAUACCUUUUUACUUUAUCAUAACAGCUGAAAGUAAGGACGUUCAAGAAAAAGCGGAAAAGAGAAGUGUUUGAACCAAUAUUGAAUCAAACCGAUAAUAUUUUUGAACUACCAUUUCACAAGAGCCAAUUUUGAAAAGCUAUCUUUUGUUUUCUCCAACAAGUAGUGUAGGGAAUAGGCUGAUAGCUGGGAAAUGUUAAAGAAAAGAAGGAUCUAAAAUGGCUUUGUGGGGAAACUAGAAGAAAGGCAUUACAUUAUGCACAUGUAGGCUUAUUCCAGUGCAACAAAAGAAGACUGAAAUGAUUGCUUCAAGUCAAAAAUGAACAAAGCAUUAUUACUAGAAUAUAUUUUUAAAAAAUUUGCUCA